AUGCUCGAUGCGGCCACCAACUACGGCUUCUUCUAUGUGAACAGUAAAGGCUCGGACUUCGCCGUGGCGGAUGUCAAGAAGGCGUUCGGUCUGUCCAAAGACUUCUUCAUGUCUCCCAUGGAGGAGAAAGCCGCUUGUCGCAUUCAGCCGAAUGUACGCUCCAUCAUCCUCUCACUCGUCUCUUCACUGACAUCUUCGUCUAGAACCGGGGCUGGUCGGGAAUGCAUGUUGAGACUCUUGAUCCCGAGCACCAGCGGGGCCUUCAACUUCGCCGAAUUCAAGGACGGAAAGGCUCAGCAGCCACUGCCUGCAUCUCUGGCACCGCACGAAGCAGAAAUCGGGCAUUUCUCCGAGCUCUGCAACAAAACCUGCAACCGCAUCCUCACCCUCCUAGCCCUCGGCCUGGACAUCCCAGACGACUUCUUCACCACCCGCCACGACCCCAGCAAAGGCUCAACCGGCUGUAUCCUGCGGUACCUAUACUACCCGUCCAUCUUCUCGCCAGCCACAUCCACCUACAAGCACGACACCGACGUCCGUGCCGGUGCCCACUCCGACUACGGCAGUGUGACGCUUCUCUUCCAGCGACCCGGCCAGCCGGGACUGGAGAUCCGCACGCCAGAGGGCAGCUGGGCGCCGGUGCCAGUGCAGCCCGCGGCCGGCGACGGGUACGCCGAGGACGGCUUCGAGUUCCCGCCCAUCCUGGUCAACAUCGGCGACCUUCUCAGCUACUGGACGGACGGGCUGCUCAAGUCGACCGUGCACCGCGUCGUUUUCCCGCUGGCCGAGCAGCGCAGCCCCAACCCCCAGGACCGGUACAGCAUCGUCUUCUUCUGCCAUCCGCUGGACAAGACGGAGCUGGUCCCCGUGCCGAGUGCGGCCGUCACGGCGUACCGCGAGAAACGCGCCGAGAGCGGAAUCAAGGAUGAGCAGGUGGGUUUUGGGGGUGGUGCUGGGCAUCUUGCGCCUGGAAAGCGGGCGCUCACGGCGGAGGAGCAUCUUCAUUCGCGGCUCGCGGCGACCUACAAAUUUUAG